UCGGCACCGUCGUUUCGGCCUUCUUCGGGGAAUCCGAGCUCCCAAAACCAAUGCGUGCACAAAUGGUGAGUAUAGCGUUCCUUUGUUCUGUUGAUUAUUUGCGGAUUUUCCCCGUAGUGUUUACCUCUCGAGCUCUGGGCGUGUAGCGAUCACCAUUUGUCCAUCUCAUUACGCGGAAAGAUCUCGAUUCGAUUCGCGAUCGUCAGACCCAAGACCAUCGCCAAGCUAUUGGCCAGCCGUUAGGUGAUAGCCGCGAUCGUCCGGAGAGGGGUGACCGGGCUAGCCGCGUCCUUCGUCAUCACCUACCGGUAGGUAGGGAGUGGGAGUGAUAAUCCUCGGUGCCGACGACCGUCGCCCAGGAGCGCGGUAAUCGUCCUCGUACAGGAAAGAGCUGAUCAGCGCGCUGAUCCCUGUUGGUCAGCAGCGGGCGAAUCGCCUUCGUCUAGCGGCGAGCUAAUCGUCGCCUCGUAGAGGCACGCAUGUUGUUGUCGCACAGAAGAGCACUGCUUCCUUUGCUUGGAAGAGCACAGCGCACUGCGUGUCCGGCCGCGCGCUGAUCCCUGUCGCCCAGUAGCUUGCAAAUUGUUGUUUUCUCCUGCGGACGCAUUUCGUUGUUGUACGGGAGACCGGUAGUUCGUCGUCUACGACCGUACGGAAUGCAAUUGCUCGACAGCGCACUGAUUGGCCUCCCCCAGGGGCUUGCGGAUUGACGUCGUGGCCUGGGAAAGGAGGGGCUUGCUUGUUUCCCACUUGGCGGCUCGAGGUAAUCGUACAUUACCGUCGCUACGCGGACUGCAUACUCUCUCCUCUUCUUUGCACAGGCAAGGAGACUUCGUGCGCGCCGGGGGACUUUUGGCGCCGGGAGAUUCUGCGCGCGGAGCGCCGUGGGAGUGUGCGCAGUAAGUAUCGCGGAGUAUUACUGUAGAUUGUCACUGAAUGACGUACAACAAGAGGAGUGCUAGCGUGCGGUGGAUCAUUAUUUUUCGCUUGUGGACGUGGAAUUUUGCGGAGGUGGGUGCGUAUUGAUUCUAUCUUUGGAGCGACGAAGCUGAAAUCCAUCCCUCGUCUUAAGUCGAAUGGACAGGUUGGCGGUUCUCUCUCGGCACUUUGUGCCAGAGAUUGCAAGCUGUGAAAGGAAGGCCGACUCAUCGGCAAGCAGAAGCGGAGCAGAGGAGGACAUCUCGUCAUUCUCUUCCACCGAUGAAGCAGGAAGAGCUGGAGAGGGUUUAGAGAUAUCACCUACGUUUCAUUUCACACAGAUAUUCCCUGAUGAGAGAAGGACGAGCAGGGAUGGGAAUGAGAAAAGUAGCAACCUCUCAUGGGCGUUUCCACAAGCUACGCCUGCAUCAAAAUUUCCUCCUGCUGUAUCUGAUUACUUCCAACUAGAUUCUCUAAUUGGCCCGGAUGAGCAAGCCAUUAGGAAGAAGACAAGGACAUUUAUGGAAAGAGAGGUGGCCCCUAUUAUGACUCCGUACUGGGAGAAGGCGGAGUUCCCAUUUGAGUUGCUGCCAAAGCUUGCUGAACUGAAGGUUGCAGGGACCACUAUUGAGGGGUAUGGCUGUCCAGGCAUGUCAAUUGUUGGUGCUGCCAUGGUGAUAAUUGAAAUUGCGCGUGUGGACGCAAGCUUAUCAACCUUCAUUCUUGUUCAGAGUAGCCUAGCCAUGUCAACAAUCGGUGUUGUACAGCGCGGUUCAACUGUUCUGCUUGUCCAUUCGCCUCGGGAUGGUUUCCUGAUGUCAUCUGCAGCUGUGUUCCCUGUUCUGCAGCUGCGGCUUUCCACAGUUCACCGGCAUGAAGCCAACAACAUCGAGAGACUCAAGUACUGGCACUUUGAACCGAACGGCGACGAGGCAACACCGGAAGAGCAGCACAAGGAGUUCAUGGCCAAGCUCGUGACCAGGCUGGUUUACACUUGUAACCACCUACAGUCUGAGCGGAACCAUAAGAUUCAGCACGAGGAUGCCACACGGGCACUGGACGCCCGUGUACUGGACCUGGAACAGGCUGUACCAGGACCAGAUGCUGGAGCUUCCAGCAGUGCAUCCUCUAGUCGCCAACUGGAGGAACGCGUUGACCACGUAGUGGCAAUGCUAGGAGACAUAAGUGCCUUCACAGAGCCGGCCACCAUCAGCCAGCGGUUCGUGUUGCUGGACACUAAGAUCAGUCAGCAACAGCAGACUGACCACAACCACAACAACAGCUCGGCGAGGCCAUACAAGAUGCCGACUGCUCUGUUCAUCAACACCAAGGGAGGUUGUCAGAUCUGGCUCAGCCACAUGGCAACCAUCCACGGCGUCCAGGUUUCAGACCUGUACAAGAAGGUCUCCUGGGAGGACACGACAAAGGAAUGGAAGAAAAGGUUCAUCGUCGACGAUGCCCCGACACUCGCCAUCAACCGCAUCUUCACGAUGGCUCAAGGGAGCACAACGACACGUGAUACGUUCACGGAUUGGCAGAAGAUCGUGGCAACGCCCGAUUUGGACUUGCCAUUCCCGCAUCUGCGGCGUGAGUUCUACAACAGGUCGUGCGCCACUCUCAGCCUCGCACUUGGUGAUCGCGAGCAGUACAACACUUUCGCGGAGAUAAUCAACAAGGCAAGGGAGAUCAUCAAGACUAACAGGGCAGCUGCGCACGAGAAGUCCACGUGGCAGCCAACCUAUGUGGAGAAGCUCGGGAAACUGAGCUCCGCGGAAAGUGAGGCGACUCCACCUUCUACUCCGCCAGAUUCGGCCGCCUUGCUAGCGGCCUCCUGCACAUCUGGGGAGAACGGGAAUGUCGCAAGUUCUCGUUACACUUACGAGGACUAUGCUGUCCACUUGGUUCCACCGCUGGGCCAACCGCUCCACGUGCAACAAUCUACCGCAUGCACGGUUUCAUCCCCAGCGACAAUCGAUUCGGCAGCUUCGCCGCAAUCUAUCGCCGGGGAUUCGACGUCAUGGUCAAGACUUGAAGAACUCGACCCAUUGACGUUCACAGACUUCUUGUGGAUGCCCGUUCCCUCGAGUGGACGAUUGCCGAAACCGCAUUGCAACGUGCUCAUGGCACAAUUGCGGGAUUACUUGCACACUGCAGUACCAGCUCCGUUGAUGGACGCCGGAGCAAAGGUUGUCGACCUUCACGCUUACAUCACGAAGAUCGACCUCGAGUUCAAUACGCAACGGCCCGCACGGAGUAGUACCGGAUCGACCCAUCCGCCACGAGAUCAUCCUCGAGGACGGGGCCGUACCUCCGCGCGGUUGCAUCUACCGAGCGAGGAAGAGUUAAGUGUGCUUCGGGCACAACUCGACGACCUUCUGGAGAAAGGCUGGAUUCGGCCUAGCUCAUCGCCAUACGGUGCUCCUGUUCUCUUCGUCCGGAAGAAGAACAAGGACCUGCGGUUGUGGAUCAAUUAUCGCAAGCUCAACGCGCAGACGAUCAGGAACGCCGGCCCUCUCCCACGCAUCGAUGACCUUCUCGAGCGAUUGGGCGGCGCCCAGUUCUUCUCUAAGCUGGAUCUCAAGGCAGGGUACCACCAACUCGAGAUUCGCAAGGAGGAUCGAUACAAGACCGCGUUCAAGACACGGUAUGGGCAUUUCGAAUGGCUGGUCAUGCCGUUUGGCCUUACAAAUGCCCCAACCACUUUCCAAGCGGCUAUGACAACGGAGUUCCGACACAUGCUGGAUCGGUUUGUACUCAUCUACCUCGACAACAUCUUGGUGUAUAGUCGGAGUUUGGAUGAGCAUGUGGAACACCUGCGCACCGUUUUGGAGCAGCUACAACAAGCCAAGUACAAAGCAAACCGCGACAAGUGCGAGUUCGCACAGCAGGAGCUGGAGUACCUGGGACACUAUGUGACGCCGCAAGGCAUCUGUCCGCUUGCGGACAACAUCGACGCCCUACGAGUAUGGCCCGAGCCCACCAACACCACGGACGUUCGUUCAUUCAUGGGGUUGGCAGGCUACUAUCAGCGAUUCAUCACCGAAUACUCCAGGAUUGCUGCACCUAUGAUGAGGUUACAGUCACCAAAGGUGCCAUUCGUAUUCGAUGACGACGCACGCCGGUCAUUCCAAGCACUUAAGACGGCUAUGCUCAUGGCACCCCUAUCUUCGGAUCACCCGCCGGCCAGCCAUUACCGCAUUGUCGACGGGUACUUGCUCCUCCACUCGAGAGGCAAGGACUUACUAUGUGUCCCACGCGACCGUCGUCUUCGGACUCGCCUCCUCGGCGGGUAUCAUGAUUCACGACUCGCCGACUAUUUCGGAGUCAACCGCACUAUCGCACGGCUUCGACAGCGAUUCCGAUGGCCUGACCUCAUUACCGAUGUCACUCGGUAUUGCGACUCUUGCGAAGUUUGCCGACGCAGCAAGCCCCGCAACCGCAAUCCCUACGGCGAGUUACACCCGAUGCCUAUUCGACGGGAACCCGGUCUCUCCAUUGCCAUGGACGUCACUGGUCCGUUUCCUCGCGACCGGCUCGGGCACGACGGCAUCCUCACGGUUGUGGACCGAUUGAGUAAGUACGCGCGUUUUCUCCCUUGCAAGUACUACUCCACGGCUCCCGAGCUAGCACGCCUCCUGCACACUGGUUGGAUUUGUGGCCACAAUGUACCAAAAGACAUUGUCAGCGACCGCGACACUCGUUUCAUGUCGGCGUUUUGGACUGCUCUCAUGCAGGAGUCCGGCACAACAAUGAAACCAAGUUCGGCUCGGCAUCCUCAGACAGACGGGCAGACGGAGCGGGCACCUCAAACCGCUCAAAUGCUGCUUCGUACGCUCAUCCGUCCGGACCAGAAAGAUUGGGUUGACCGCCUCCCCGACAUCGAGUUCGCCUACAACACUUCGGUGCACCCGGCGAUCGGCGUGACUCCAUUCGAGUUACACCACGGUGGACGGAAAGGCCGUAUCUUCGCCGACCUUCUCCUCCCUCGACCAGCCGACAUUGACGCUGCCUGCUCUCCCGCUUCCGUCCGGAAGUGCAAGGAAUUGCUGACUCAAGCCCGCGCAAAUAUGCAAAAGGCUCAAGUCCGCAUGCAGCAGCAAGCCAACAGGCGUCGCGUACCAUGUCCCAUCCGCGCCGGUGAUCUGGUUUGGGUCUCCGCGGAAGAGUUUGCACUGGAACAGGAUGUUUCACGCAAACUGCUUCCCAAGUGGUUUGGACCUUGGUCUGUGACAGCAGCCGCGGGCGAUGAGCCCGAUGGCCCUUCAUUUGUGAUCAACAUUCCAGAGCAUCUGACGGUCCAUCCGGUCUUCCACGCCUCGAAGCUGGCAACAUACACGCCAGCCAAGAGCGACGACUUUCCGAACCGACGAUCGCAGGACCCUCCUUCUAUGGAUGGUCAUCAGGAAGUUGACCGCGUCUUCUCCGAUCGCAAGUACGGCAGCAAGCAGCGGCAGUACAAAGUCACAUUCAAAGCAUGCGAUCGCGACGACACUCGGUGGAUUUCAGGCGCAGAUUUGAAAGCAUCCGCACUGCUGAUCUACGCGCAUUAUGAAAAGCGGAGGUUAGCUCAGGAAGCUUCACGACCAGCCCCUCCCACCUGGACUGUGGUCCCUCCCUCAGACAGACAGCUUCGCCCUCGCAGAUCAGAACAGGGCGCCCAUCCCUCCUUCCACGUCAAUAAUCAGAUAUGGAGGAUGGCGCAGCACUUCCGCACCUUUGCGGGGACAGCAGCAGAUCAUACGUGUCGUCGCCAGGUAAGUCCAGCUCUCUUGGGAAGUGAGGAGCAAAAGAAGACAUUUCUUCCACGGAUGGCGGCACUUAAAAUGAUUGGUUCCUGGGCCUUGACCGAGCCCGAUCACGGAAGUGAUGCAAGCUCACUCUCAACAACAGCAACUAAGGUGGAAGGGGGAUGGCGGAUCGACGGCCAGAAGAGGUGGAUAGGCAACAGCACGUUUGCUGAUGUGAUUGUGGUGUUCGCUCGCAAUGUUGAGAACAAUAAAAUCAACGGGUAAGAGCCAGUUUUGUUAAUGGAAAGGUCGGUCUACCACGAGCGAUCAAAUGACUAUCAAUUCUCAAUACAAGGCGGCCGUGCAUGCAUCAACUGUCUCCAGAACCACGAGAGCAUCAUAGAAGAUUGAAGACAAAGGCAACAUGCAUGCCUGUGGCUUUAUGAAACACACCUGACUAUUGAUCUGCUAUGAUCCUGGUCAACUCCCAAUGCACAAAUCACAAAGAGACAAUGUCAUUCAAAUGAAAGAAGAUUGGAAGGAGGAUGAGACAAAUCAAGGAGAAGGUCAAAGAAAGAAAAAGACGAAGAAGAUAAACACAAGCUGGAACCACCUUUAUCUCUCCCUCAUCUCUCCCUCAUCUCGCCUCCAUCAUCUCCCGCCAUAUCAUCUUAACCAUAUCUUAUUAAUAAUCAUAAACAGCAACAAUGAAUGAAAGAGCCAGAAUGAA